AGUCAGUUCCCGUUGCUUCAGCUCUGACGGAGUGCAUAUCGUAAUCGUUGCUCUGUCAGAGAAAUGAUCGUUAUCUGGCCAGAGAGGGUCAAGAAGAUACCAGGCCGCGCCUUGGAGAUGGCGCCAGUAGAGCUACAGUCAUUGAAGAAGCAUAAGCUUCAAAAUCUCUCAAAAGAGCCCUGGACUUCUUCUCUCCGGCUCACGGCCAUGUCGCUCCUCCUGAUCAUGAGAGUGACAUUGAAGACCUUCAGAAACUUUACCAACAUUGCAACCUUUUUCAAUCAAUGGUUCUCUCGUGGUGAGCAUUACAAAGUUUUGCAUCGGCUUCAGCUGACAACAUCAAGAAAUUUAAUCUCUCCAAAGGGGGGAGUUUGUGCACAAUAUGAUUUCGAUUUGAUCCGAACUCUUCUUGGUCUCACCCACAUCCAAGGAACUCUCUAUUGUACUCUCAACGGCAACAUGAUCUACGGACUUUUGACCCCAACUUUUCCGAAUGCGGCGGUGGAAAUGCACUGCGGAGCCGGCGGAACUGUGAUUUCGUCCGUCAAAUCCGAUGCGACCGGCAGGUUCUCAAUGCUUCUCGAUGCGCCUCAACUGCUACUCUCCUUUUUACUAAACAAUUGCAGUCUUGUCGUCACGACGCCGCUCGUCAAUUGCAACGGCGCCAUGCCGUCGUUUGGCGCCCUCGCCUCGCCGCUGCAACUCAUCGGAAAUACGUUUCUUGGACUCUUCAAUAUCACCAAUAUCAUUCCGGUAGGGUUUCGAUUCCUUCCGAUUCUUUAAUAUUCAAGAAAAAUGUUCACCAUUGUUGAUGUAGCUAACUAAAUAAACGGAGUCCUUAACUUGUUGCGCUGUAAUGAUGUAUGUGAUGACCGAGUACUAAAUCUCUACUUGGCUAAUUUUUAGGUGCUUUGGUUUGUUUGUAUAUAUAUA